UCGCCCGUGGACUACAUGAGCAUCACCAGCUUCCCCCGCUUGCCCGAAGAGGAGCCGGGCAGCGCCAGCGCCGCCGAGAGCUGCCUGCGCUCCAGGAAGGAGGAAGACGCGUUCCUGGGAGAGCAGGACACCGAUCCAGAUUCCUUCUUAAAAUCAGCUCGCCUUCAGCGCCUGCCUUCCUCUUCAUCAGAAAUGGGCAGUCAGGAUGUUUCACCCCUUCGGGAGACCAGCAAGGAUCCAUUCUCGGGGGACUGUAGCUGUCGCCAGGAUGGUCUAACUGUGAUCAUCACCGCUUGCCUAACAUUCGCUACAGGAGUCACAGUGGCCUUAAUAAUGCAGAUCUACUUUGGAGACCCCCAGAUAUUCCAUCAGGGUGCCGUAGUCACUGAUGCUGCCCGCUGUACCGCCCUGGGGAUUGAGGUAUUGAACAAGCAGGGCUCCUCUGUGGAUGCAGCCAUCACCUCAGCCCUAUGCUCAGGAAUUAUCAACCCUCACACAGCUGGCAUUGGCGGAGGUGGCGUGAUGCUGGUUCAUGACAUCAGGAAGAAUGAAAGCCGGGUGAUUGAUUUCCGAGAGACAGCUCCCUUCAGCAUCCAAGAAGAGGGUCUCAGGAAGGCGUGGGAAACAAAGCCAGGUCUUCUUGUUGGUGUUCCAGGCAUGAUCAAAGGACUCCAUGAAGCACAUCAGUCUUAUGGGAGAUUGCCAUGGAGACAGUUGCUGGGUUUUGCUGCAGAUGUAGCCCAGGAUGGAUUCAAUGUCACGCGUGAUUUAGCAAUGGCUAUCAAAGAAAUGAAGGAACAGAAUAACCACUCAGAUAAGUUCAGAGAGACCUUUCUCCCAGAUGGUCAGCCCUUGUUGCCUGGCAUGUUUAUGAGAAGACCAGAUCUGGCUGCUCUCUUAGAGUUACUGGGAUCUGGAGGGGUCUCGGCUUUUUACAGUGGAAAUGUGACACAAGAAAUAAUCUCGGAGGUCCUUAAAUUUGGAGGUACUUUGUCAGAAGAAGACUUUAGUAACUACACUGUCUUGGUGGAAAACCCAGUCCAUACAGUAUAUCAAGGUCAUCUUGUUCUCAGUCCUUCACCUCCACACGUGGGUCCUGCUUUGAUCACAGCCCUGAACAUCCUAGAAGGCUUUAAUAUCACCAGCCAAGUAGCCAAGGAAAAUAUUCUCCAUUGGAUAACAGAGACAUUAAAAGUAGUGCUGGCACUGGCUAGCAGCUUGGGGGACCCAUUCUAUGAUGCAUCCAUUUCUCAUAGUGUGGAAGACAUGAUGAGUAAGUCCAAGGCAAACCUCCUGCGUCAACAGAUUGAUUCUCAGCCCUUUCCCUCUGAGCUUCACAUCCCACAUUUUCCCAUGGAAACAGGACCCUCAGCUAGCCAAGUCCUCGUCAUGGGACCUGAUGACUACAUAGUUGCAGUUGUAAGUUCCUUGAACCGGCCAUUUGGAAGUGGAAUAAUGACUUCUUCUGGGAUUCUUCUGAACAGUCAGAUGCUGGAUUUCUCUUGGAUGAAUGAAACAGAGAACCAUUCCUCUCCCAGUUUGAGGAAUUUUAUUCAGCCUGGGAAAAGGCCUUUGUCUUUCUUACUGCCCACUGUUGUCCGGCCAUCAGAAGGGAUGUGUGGGACUUACCUUUGUCUGGGAGCCAAUGGUGGAGAUAAAGCUUUGAGCAGCAUCACACAGGUUUUAGUAAAUGUUUUAACAUAUAACAAAAACCUGAGUGAGAGUUUGUCAUUAGGCCGACUUCAUCCUCAACUUCAAUCUAACAUCCUGGAAGUUGACAGUGAGUUUCCUGAAGAAGAUAUCAGCUACUUUACAACCAGGGGCGAAUCUGUGAAUAAAGUAGAGGUCCUCUCUGUAGUCCAUGGAGCCAGAAGAACGAACAACUUCAUAAUUGGUGUGAAGGAUCCAAGGAGUAUGGAUGCAGCUGGAGCUACAAUAUUAUAGCAAUUCCCACAUGGGUUUGUUAUGAAAAAAGGCUUUUUCCAAAAUACAUUGUGCAUGUUCCCAAACAGCCCCUUUAUCAUUCCCUGUAAUGUGGAACAAACAGUGAUUUUGUGGGUUUCUGCAUUGCUAAACAGACCCCUCUGCACUUCUGUACUCAAACAAUGCAGCAAGGAAGGCUGAUAAAGGCACAAUACAGCCCUUAGAAUUUUUGUUCGUUAUUAUGAUCUUGAGUUAUAGGAAUCUCAGGCAUUAUUAUAUUAGAAGCACAGGGAAUAAGUUUAAUUUCAACAUCACCUUGUCUAAGAUUGAUUCUGGCCAUUUGAUGCACAACAGUGAGAUAUUUCUAAAUUGAGCACUUGGGAGCAUUUAAGAAGCAAAACACCAGAUAUGUACAAAUGUAUUUUUUGAGUGGCAGUGGCAGAUUCACUGCAGUGUAAAUACACAUACUUCUGUUCUGGGGCAAGUUCUUUAGAAAAACACACAUAGUUCUACAGGUUAUAGGUUUCAGUUUGAAUGGCAAGGAUACAUUUGUGGAGGCCAGUGCCUAUUGGCUGAUGCCUUGGAUGCCAUUGAUUUCUCUCCCACCCCCUUUUUUAGAAGAAAUUUUAAUUUUAAAAUUAAUGUUUUUCCUUGGAAGGCAAGGAUAAAUGUAUUUGUGUUACUAUCUUUUUAAUCAGCAAAGAGUAUUCCUGACUCACUAGAUGAGUCUAACAGCUGUUGCCACAUCUGACCUCAUCAUCUAACUUUCAGCUUCAGGAUGAUCUGGGUUCACACACAGUGCUAGUGCUCUUUACUUGUUUUCACGAAGUAAGAUAACAAAUGGCUCAACCCUCAAAGCACUCUGUCAACCCAGGUUGUCCUCAAGACUGGACAAAAUAAUAUUUCUGUGUCAAACAUAUUUUUUUUGCUAUUUUAGUAAUCAUAUAAUCCCUCCUUUCCUAAUUGCUCCUUCCAAGGAGAUGGAUUGAGAAUAAGAAGGAAGGUUCAAACCUCAGACAGUUCUUGAAUAUUCCCUGUUAGCCAAGUGAUUUGUACCAGCAUACCUCUUCUAAUAGUAUCAGCUCCUAUUCAAGUAUUAAUGUAAAUUUUUAUAACCUUUCUUUUUGACUCUGGGCCCCAAGGGGAGAGGAUGGUCUCUCCUGCUUCUUUUAGUGGCAUCAUCUCAGUGAAACCUUGAUAGAGUCUUCAGCAUGUUGUGGGUACCAGUUCAAGUCUUUUAAAACAAUACAAGCUCAUGGUCUAAGUCUGUCAUUUUCAAAUAAUUAACCUUUGCAAAAUAAUGGGCAGCACAUGUGGGGAGAAGACUCCAAAGAUGAAGUUUCAGGCUAUUCAUUCAUAUUCACGAUCUUUUGAGCAAUGUCCCCAUUGCUUGAGUCAUGCUGUGGGGCCAUUUGUUAAAAUUGGCAGCUGUCGAUUUCAGUUAACAUUCUCAAGUAUAUGUCAAAAGCAAAAAUAAUUAAGACUAUAUUGCCAUAUUGUAAAGCUUAAUUGUUGAUACAAUCUUUUUUCCUGCUAUAUUAAUAAGUUGUAAUCUUAACUGACUUGUAGCUGACCCUCUUGCAAAGUUUAUCUCAGUUUCCUUCAUUAAUAUGAAUUGGAGUUUUUACAAAGUGUCCUGAUACAACCCUCCAGUUCUUGAAAAGUUUAGUUAUAUGAAUUACUAGCAAUCUUGCUUUCAACAUGCUGAAGAAAACAUAACUUUCUGUUUCACUGAUAUCCAGGUCAAAAACAAAAUAUGAGGCUGUAUAAAAGAUUUAAAAUUAGUUGGACUGUAGUUUACGGAUAAAACUGGAAGCCUAUUACCCAAAGAAUUAAAACCUUCCAUCCUCUU